ACUUGUUCAAGUGUAUAUUGUAAUUUGUUAUCAUUAAUUGUUUUGUUUACUUAAUAAUGGCUCCCUCAAAAAUAGACAAUGGCACCGUGAUUAUUAUAGAUAUAGGUAAAAAUGUUUCUGAUCCAGAAGAGAAGAACGGGAAAAGCUUCUUUGAAAAAGCAAGAGAAUGUGCAAUACGUAUAAUAGAAAGAAAAGUAAUAAGCCAAGGGAAGAAUUUGCUGGGUAUUAUCUUAUUAGGAUCGAAGAAAACGAAAAAUAAUUUAUCAGAAUCAGGAAGUUGUCGACAUAUAGAAGUGCAUUCGGACUUACAGUAUCCAACUUGGCAAAUGAUACGAGACUUACCAGAUAAGCCAUCCAAAUCUAAAGGAAACUGGUUUGAUGCACUAUUAGUAGCUGUCGAUCAUUUUAAAAGUGGUGUUACUGCACUCAAAAUUGUUAAUAAACAGAUAAUGUUGAUGACUAACUUCCUGGAACCAUCAGAUGUUGAAACAAGUGAACUGGAACAGGCUGUAUGUGGCUUUCGAGAGGAGGGAUUUCAAGUAGACAUCAUUGGCCCAGAUAUAUAUGAUGAUGAAAACAAAAACAGUGAAUUUGAAUUAGCAAAACAAUUUGUAGAAGGUACUAAUGGGGUCACGGCUACAUUCGAAUUCACUAUGAGAUACUUACUUUUUCAUAAAAAAAAAGCUGUCAAUGCUACACCAUGGAAUGUAGAUUUGAGUAUUGGACCAAAUAUAAAAAUCCCAAUCUCUACAUACAUAAGAAUCAAAGAUGAAUCAGUUAUCAAAAAAUGGACUACUGCUAUAAAAGAUCCAGUUACAAAUUCUAAAAGCAAUACAGAGUAUAUAGAAAAAAGUAAGGUUUUCAUAAAUACAGAAAACCAAAUGGUAGUUGAUCCAGACAAAAACAUCAAGGGUUAUAUAUAUGGGCAACAAGUUAUUCCAUUUACUGAUUUUGAUAAGGGUAUGCUCUAUGAUUCUGGACCAAAAUCUUUAACAGUAUAUGGAUUUACAAAAGCAUCAAAUAUAACUUGGCAGUGUUUAAAUGGUGAUGGAUUGUCAUAUGUUUUUGGACGAAAAGGUGAUAAAAAAGCACAAUAUGCUGUCAGAUGUUUAGUUGAGUGUCUGUUGGAAUUGAAAUUAGUAGGUAUAGUAAGAAGAGUUUAUAAUAAUGGAAAUGCACCUAAAAUGUAUGCUCUCAUGCCUGUUAUUGAUUCCGAUAACUAUGUUUGUCUUUCCAUGAUUGGUAUUUGUUUUAAAGAGGAAAUAAAAAAUAUGGCAUUCCCAAAUACAGAAUUAAAAAAAUAUGCAUGCACUGAUGACCAAGUUAAUGCAUUCAAGGAAUUAAUUAAAAAUAUGGAUCUGACCAAAGCAUAUGAGGACACAGAAUUUGAUGACACCGAAGCAUUCCCAAUUGCUAAGAUGGUCAGUCCUUCUGCACAAUAUGUUUUAGAUUGUAUUGCCUUUAGAGCCAUGAAUCCAGACCAACCUCUACCACCACCAAGGGAUGAUAUAACAAUGCUGUUCAAAGUACCACCAUUGAUAGAAAAGAGAAGAAAACAUCAAUUAGAUAAAUUAAAAAGCUUAUUUGUCUUAAAUAAAGUUGAAAUUAAGAAAAGAGCAAAAACGAAAACUAAUCAAGCAAUGGAUAUAGAUCAGUUUGACAAACCAUCCACAUCAACAACAUAUGCUGCAGCUAUGGACAAUCUUCCAAUAAUAGACAUUAAUAGUGUAAAGAAAUCUGGUCCAAUAACAAAGAUAGGAAUGCAGAAUGCAAUAAAUGAUUUUGAUGCCCUUAAAAGAGAUGGCAUUGAUAUUAAAGAUCUUGUUCCUCAAAUGAUAGAAACUAUUGAAAGUAUGGUAUAUGGAAACAUUGAUGGUAACUUUUCAAAGGCAUUGGAUGUAAUAUCUCAUUUUAGAAAUGAAUGUGUCAAUACAGUACCUUCACAUUACAACAACUGGCUUAAAAAUUUCCGAGUGGAAUUAAUAGAUCGUAGUAGAAAUGAUAUUAUCAGUAUGGUAAAUGAAAAGAAACUUAAUUAUAUUUUAAAAAGUGAGAAUAGUUUGAGUAACAUGGAAUGUGAUACAUUUGAUGAAAGUCAAUUGUAUGAAAAUGAUACAGUACCCGAGUUAACUGAAGUCACUAUAAGUUCAGAAGUUAACGAUCUUUUUGAUAAUAUGUAAAGUUGUAAUUUAUUUUUUAAUAUGUUUUCUUUGUGUAUUUUUCAUUUUUAUUUUCAUGUUAAUCUUUAUUAAGUGCAUUAGUGUAUUAUGUUCAAUCUCAUAAUAAUCUUAUU